ACAGCAGCUUAACGCGCACCUCGCUCCUUGCAACAUAGCCUAACUCCCGCGCUGCCGCCCCGGGGCGCUUCCUCCGGGCUGUUUGGGGGAAGUUUCCGGGCUGAAAGAUGCCUAACUGUAAAAAGAAGCAGAGGUUGGGAGUCAUUAUCCUUUGAGAAGCUGUGGAUCCUAAUCCUCCAAUGCCUGGAGAAGUCCAGCUGCAUAGAGUGGCUCACCUGCUCCUGUGAUCUUCUCACUUUCACCUUGCACACAUUUCACAACUUGGGUCCAAAACAUUUUCCUCUACUGCAGCUUGUGCCACGAAUGGCUACCCAGAGGAAGCAUUUUGUGAAAGAUUUCAACCCCUAUAUCACCUGUUGUCUCUGCAAAGGAUAUCUUAUCAAGCCAACUACAGUAACUGAGUGCCUCCAUACUUUUUGUAAGAGUUGUAUUGUGCAGCACUUUGAAGACAGCAAUGACUGUCCCAGAUGCGGCAAUCAAGUGCAUGAGACCAAUCCUUUAGAAAUGUUGCGGCUGGACAAUACAUUAGAAGAAAUUAUAUUUAAGUUGGUGCCAGGACUUCGAGAACAAGAACUGCAACAUGAAGCUGAAUUCUGGAGGAAAAACAAACCUCAAGAAAAUGGAGAAGAAGGGAAUCCAAAAUCUGAAAAUCUCAAAGAUGAUGAAGAUGGAGAUGAAGAUCAAGAAGAUAAAGACUAUCACAGGAGUGACCCUCAGAUUGCUAUCUGUUUGGAUUGCUUACGUAAUAAUGGACAAUCUGGAGAUAAUGUAGUAAAAGGAUUGAUGAAGAAAUUCAUCCGAUGUUCUACACGAGUGACUGUAGGAACGAUCAAGAAGUUUCUAAGCUUAAAAUUAAAGCUUCCAAGUUCUUAUGAGUUGGAUGUACUAUGCAACGGAGAAAUCAUGGGUAAAGAUCACACUAUGGAAUUCAUCUACAUGACAAGAUGGAGACUACGAGGCGAAAAUUUUCGGUGUCAGAACUGCUCAUCUUCGCAAGUCUGCUCACAGGAUGGCUCUCUUUAUCAGUCUUACCCCAUGGUACUGCAGUAUCGACCCAGAAUUGACUUCGGUUAGACCAAAGGGCCAGAUCCCACUGAGAUUAAUCCUGCACUAUGUUUACCCAUCGACAGAUUGCACAAUGAAUGGAUGUGCCUGGACUGGGGGGACACAACCAGAAUUUCAGCAUGCAAAUAUGGACUUCUUAUUCAGUUGAUCACCUGUAUCUUUCUCUUCCCCCUCCCCACCCAAAUUAGAGUAAGCCAAGUGCCAUUCUGCUACUGACGCAUCCAUAAGAUAUUUGUGGUAUGUAAGUCUGCAAGUCAUAGGCAAAUUGUUCAAUGUAUAGUCAAGAGCCAGAAUCUUUGGAAUAGUUUGCUCUGCCUGUUAGAAAUUUUCCCUGGCCCCUAGAUUACAUUAACAGAGGCCAUGCGUCUUUCACAUGUGAUGUUGCAGUUUUUUCACAUUUACUAUUUUAUGGAAUAAUGUUGCUUAAAAGAAGUACUGUAUGAAAGGGUAAAGACUAUACCUUUGGAAAUAUUUUGUAUAUAAUAUAUGUUUAGAGAUGUGGUUAUUGUUCUUCUACCUUUCUUUCUUGUUCAGUUUCUCAUAGGUCAGGGCAUAACUCUCUCUUUAGUAUGCAGAGGUCUUUUUGAAACAUCUAAAAAUUGGAUUUUGUUCAGAGAAGUGAAACAAUAAUUAUUGAACUGAAAUUGUGUAUACAGGCACUCAUACAAUGUCUCAUAGCCUCCUUUAACUAGUGUAUAUGACUUACCUGGAUUUUGAAUCUGAGGAGUAGCAAAUCAGCACACACGCAGCAGGUAAGGUUAUUUGUUUUGGGUUUUUUUAAUCUAUUGUAUAACAAUUUUUAAAGUACAUGCCUUAAGGGGAAACAGGAACUGUCAUGUAAACUGACUCAAAAAAGUAUGUGUUGGGUGUGUGAAACUGUUGCCCUUGCAAGCUUUCCUCUGAAAUGUCAAUUUUUCUCUAACUUUAGUAAUAAUCCAACAAAAGGGUAGUGUGCUUACAUGUAUUGAGGCCACUGUGCUUCAAUAAUCUUGUGUCAGUAAAAGACAUCAACAUAUGCAGAUAACCACAUUUUGUGAUUAUCUGGAAUAUGGAAGCUGUUGAACAGUUGGUUGUCACAUCUGAAACUGAAGUAGAUUUAAUAUGGCAGAAAAGGUGUCUGACCCAAGUUAUUGGCUACUUAAGAAAGUGGCGGAUAAUAUUAAAAUGAUGAUAAUUGCCUUAAGUAUCACACAUGCAUUUCUUUUGUUGUUCUUAAAUGUUGUGUUGUGGGUUUGGAUAUCAUCACAGAGAUCCGAAUAUAUUGUAUAUUGUUUCCUGUCUUCCAUUACCUUUGCAGUGAAAAGCCAAAUAAUAGUACAGUUUAAUAAUUUGUACAACUUUUAAUAAACGCAGUUACUUGCAGGAGAAAUUACAGGAGUAAAUUGCAGGAGUAAUAAUGGAAUGAUUCACUCUAGUAAGAUAGAAUGAUACUGAAAAUCCAGCUUUUUAAAUGCAGAAAGAGUUAGACUAUGAAAAGUUUUAGGCUAUUACUUCUAUAGGAGCAUUGCAUACUGCCCAAGACCAAAUCCAGAUUUGUUUCGUAGAACCCACAUAAAAGAGACAUGGGCUUCAUUACAAGGGAUCCACUGCCAAGCAGAGAACAGCAUCCUCUCUCCAUCCCGCCACUGUGCUUGUGCCAUCCCAUGUGAUCAGUGCUGCCCCACAUGACAGGGGAUGUCUGUAUUGAAGCCAGUGCCUGCUUCCCCCACCUGUAGUUACUGGUGUUGUCAGAGCUGAUAGUACUGAUUGCAUGUUCGAUCUUGUUGGCACAUUGCAGAAUUAUCACUCCUAUAUCCCAACAUCCUUUAUAUAAUCAUUUAGAUCUAAAUAGCUGCUUGGGUUCAUGAGUGGACUUUUCCCUACUCAGUGACUGUUUUAGCUUUUUCUGUUUGAACUGCUGAGUUCCCUUGCUCCUAUGCCAUAUCAAAAAUUGUUUGAAAUUUGCUUCAUUUUAAAAUUAUUUUGUUAUACUGCACAUGGGGCUGUUCAAGAAGAAAAAAGUACCUUUGGCCUCAUAGAAUUAGUUUUGUGAUUCCUGGAUAGGUGCAUCUGGCAGUAGACCUAAUUGCAUUACUGAAACCUCCUUCUAUAUGCGUAUUAGCUUAUCUUGAUCUGGGCCAUAAUCUUUUUAGUGCUGUGUUUCAAAAGGUGACUUCAGACAUUAACUGGAGGGCAUAAAAUGGGUUUAAUAGUGUUUUGUAUCUCUUUCUAUGGUUCUACCUCUCAACAAGUAUCUGUCAUAUUUCCUUGUGCUGGGGUAGAGAUACCUGAACUCAGUGCAUAUCUAUAAUUUGUGCAUCUUACCAUGGGAAAAGAUAUGUAAGUCAUCUAUUUAGAAGUUAUCAGAAACAUGGAAAGGGAUGCAAAAGCCACUUUUUUCAGUAUUUCAGAUAGUUUACAAAGUUGCAAAUCAGUAAUACACAAUAAAUUUAUUGGCAUUACCAGGGUACAUCACUACCAGUUUACCCCUAGAAGCAACAUCAGUCUUCUCUAGGAAUUGUUGGAAACUUUAUUGUAAAACCAUAGAGUUUCUGCCAAUUCCUAAAGAGGUAUGGUAUCACUUCUGAGGAAACUGUAAGUGAUGUCAAACUGUCACUGCCUCCCUAAUCUCCCACUGGUUACUAGUCUCCUUUUGGCUGUGCCUGGCAACCCCAGACAUUACUAAAGUCUUGGCCGUUGAUUUUAGUAAAAAUAGUGCCAGACCAGGAAGUCUGUGUUGUAUUCUACCAGUUUAUUAGUAUUGAUACUAAUGCUGGUUUGUUGCAGCAAAUAUUUAUCUUCUCAUACCAGUGCUCUUCCAUUUUGAGAAUUGUUGAAAUUUGUACAGGCAUAAAAACAUUCUGAAUUUUGUUCAUAUGAAGUAUAUGCCACUUCCCCUUUUAUAUCUAAAUUAUAUUCAGGUUUCCUUUGUUGGCUCAUGAUGUGCUGUUUCAAAAAUUCAUUCCAAUUGACUUAAAAUGUAUUCUCAAACUUAUAUAUUUAUUUUGAUGGUAUGAUUGCUUUUGAGGAUUUGGACAAGGUAUUUUUAAGUGUAGUAAUAAUAAGGCUUGUUUUUUCUCAUUUUGCUUUUUCACAUGAAUACAAACAUUUGCUUCUGUAUACAAAGACUUUCUGCAGAAGUUCAGUAAGCAAACACAUUCUUCAGGCUGAAAACUUAUGCCAAUUUAAUGUUUUUUUAUUUUAUUUUUGGACCCUAAAUUUAUGACAGCAAAUAUCUUUCCACAUGAAUCAUGGAAAUUCAAGGCAACCACGUCACAUGAAACUCAGCCUUAAAAUGUUCCUUGUGCAUGUAAUCUGGUGACCUGUACCUUGGCAUAACUGAUGCACGUGCAUAGCACCUCUAUCCAGUUGACUGGAUAAUUGUCCAAAGGCUGACCAACUCAGAUGUCUUCUACAGAACUUCUUUGUACCUGAAUGGAACAUAUAUACAUUUGACCACUCCUAAAAAUGCUAAUGAACCUAGAAUAAAUUCAGGAUUGACUAGGGAUUAGUAGAACACACAGAGAGAGAUUUUUUGUGCCAAAGAAAGAUUAAACAACUAAAGACAUGAAUAUCCCACCAAAGCUGUUAACUGUAUAUGUAGAUUUUUAUAGUGAGCAAUAAAAAAACUCAACUGGGGACAAAGAUAUCAAGUCUGCGAACAGUACUACUGUCUGCUGUGGCUCACUUCCUUUGAGGCCCUGUGCAUGCUAGAUUUCCCUUUCCUUUCUUUGAAUGAAAAGUUACUCCAUGCAUCUUUCCCAUACAGUAUCUCAUCUCAACUUAGGCAUUGAAAGGACUGUAGGUCCAGUCCAGAGAACUACAAGGUUGCUGUGUAUGCAACUAAAUACUGCCUAGGGCACAAGUUUAGGGCACACAGAGACCCACAAAUAUAGAAUAAGGUAUUGGGUUACAUACGUAAACUUUGCUUCCUGGAUUGAGGCAAUGACCUUUUACAAUGUUAAAUGCCAGAAUGUUAAAUUUAUCCCUACUAUACAAGCACACAGGUGGUGCCAGGUUUUGCUCCCACUAGGGUUGACAGAUCUAGGUUGAGAAAUUCCUGGAGAUUUUGGGGGAUACAGCCCAGGGAAGCAGGAUUUGGGGAGAUGAGAGACCUUAGCAGGGAAUAAUGCCAUAGACUGCACCCUCUGAAGUAGCCAUUUCCUCUAGGGGAACAGAUCUCUGUAUUCUAGAGAUCAGCUGUAAUUCUGGGAGAUCACCAGCCACUACAGCCCAGGGAAGCAGGAUUUGGGGAGAUGAAAGACCUUAGCAGGGUUGCCAACCCAAAUGGGUUGGCAACCCAAAUUCCCACUAAUGGAAUCUGGACGGACUAGUAGUAUACAUUCAGCAUAGGUCCUGUGCCAAAUGAUUUGCUUACUUUUUGUAUGGUGUCCAAUCUCAAAUGCCUAUAUAGUACAAUUCUGUUAUAUGACCAAAAAUUUGAUAAUACUGAAACAUUCAACUGUACAAACCCAUUUAUUCAAAUUAUUUAUACAGAAAAUAUCCCAAAAACUUGCUCAGAAACGGUUAUCUUUUGGAACUGACAUUUGUGCUGGCUAAGGACACAACAACAACAAAACACUGUAAGUCCCAUGCCUAUUGUGAUUGUUGCCAAAGAAAAGUAUUGGACUGAAUUUGCAGGGUGACAUUGGCCGUUUCUCCCACCUCUUGAAAAUAGCAUCCUGUGGCAUCCCAAAAACGGAAUCAUCGCUGCCUGCGUCCGGGUGACAUCAGAAAUUGUGUGAAGAAGCUGCCAGUGUUCUGUGAGUGAGGUGCUGUUUUUAAGACAUGGGGAAACGGCCAUUAUCUUCCACUGUAUUUUUUCUAGCAGCAUCUUUAUGUAUGUUCUAGGAGUACGGAGUAUGUGACAAGAAAAAAAUAAAUCCAAGACAGAUGAAGAGCAUAAACUGUAUAUUUCUUCUAGGAAUGGGUGACAGACAAGACAAGUGGGGGACCUCAUGUCUCCUCCUGCACCAUGUCUUCUUGCCCUUCCCUGCCCCUCAUAGCCUCUCCCAUUUCUCCUUCCCAUCCACCUUUCCUUUUCCCGCUCCACCCCAGACAUCCUCUCCCCUAUAGCCCAGUUGCAUGGUGGGGGACCUGCAAGGACUUGUGUGGGGUACUUCACUUUUCCCUAUAUCCUCUUCCCCACAUUUUUUCCUCUUUCCCUCUUCCUGGCAGCCUCCAUAUGCUCACCUUUACCUAUGUCCUUCUCUCCUUCAAACCCACUAAACAACUUACCCUUUAUCUUUCCCUCAUCUUCAUCCAUAUUUACUAAUUUACUUCAUUUAUAUACUGCAUUUCUCCACAAUUGGAACAAAGGCCAAAACAGUCCUGGAAAGGGCCCCUCCCCCUGCCUUUUACUGGCAGAAACAAAGCCUGGAACACUGGCCUGUUACUUGGUUUCCUAGCAACAACCACUGAGGGCAUCUGGUUAAAGCUACCUGUGCUUCUUUUACACUUUUGGUUUUUUUUAACCCCUCCCCCCAGCAAUGUGUGUGUUUUUAGAUUUCAUAUUUUUCUGCAAACGAGACAUUUUUCAGUUGCAUAAAGAAGAUCUGUCUUGUCUGUUCAUGGCCCCAAUGUCCAGAUUUAAGUAUCCACAGAUCAGGGCCACUUUGCUAUUAGUAUAUAAGAUUAGUCAUUUGAGGAUUAGGGGCCCUGAACAGGAAAUAUUGUUUUGGUUGCCCAACAGUACUUUUUCAUUAGAUGAAGUUGCUUGCUAGAAAAGUGAGAUUUGUAGCGGAGGGGUUUUUAGGAAUGGAAUUCCUCUCCUGGAACUGUAUGCUUUGUCACAGUUGAUUAUUUCUGUGAAUACUAGAUUGUGCCUGGAUGAUUUUGUGCUGCUUUACAAUUGGUCCCGCAACCAUUUUAUGAUUUUAAAAAAAAAAAGUAUUUACGUGGUUUAAAAUCAAAAGUCAUAUCGGUUGCCUUCCAAUCAGAAAGCACCAUAAUAAUGAGGGUCUCAGUGAUGGCAACUUACAAAAAAAUACAAAGGCUUUUGUUUUCAAUGCUUGGUUAUACCUGGCCUAUGAACCAAAAAUUAAGUGCACAUUUCAUGUUGCAAAAGCACAACAAACUGAACAAACAAAAUUCCAGGCUUUUAAAGAUAGCAACAGGGUUUAUUACAUUACCUUUUGAAGUCUGAAAGUACAAAUCUGGAGAUUCAAAGCAAGGUGGUCUCAUCCAUUUACAAAAUUUAUGGUUUGGGAGGGCAAAAUGCAUUGCUUUCAAUAAUGCCUGCCUAAUAAGUAGCACUGUAUGAUAUAAUGCAUAUACAAUGCAGUACAUUUGAUUAUUCGUUUCCAGAGCUCAUUAUAACAUUAAAAGAUGUUAGAAAAUGCCAGAAUUUAAUAUCUGCCUCUUAGAUUAGUGGUAAGUUGUUUUCUAGGUUUCAAACAAAACAUAAAAUGCCCCUAUUACACAGUCAGCCACUACAAAAAGGUACUAUGCUGCAUUUUUAUAGUAGAGAAUAUACACAUAUCCCAGAGUAAAUGCCGGAGGAGAGUGGCAAGGGUUGUAUUCCUAUGCAUACUUGGUUGGGAGUAAGUUCCAUGGGAAUUAUUUCUGAGAAAAUGUGCAUAGGUUUGGGCUGUAAGUGUCCUUACAUAAGCUGUGAUCCAAGUGAUGAAAAGAGGGAGCUGGUUGACAUUAGCAGUAAUGCUUCUGUACUUCCUUGUAUCAUUUGUUGGUUAUGAGUGUGUUACCAUAGCCGUUCUUGCAAUAUGUUGAGAUCUUAAUACACAAUACUUAGUUGCUAAUUUUCUUUUUAAUGUAUGAAAUGUUUUGAGCUUUUCUUGUCAAAAGUGGGAACAUCUUAUAACAAACCUUUUUGUGGUUGUAAAAUUCAGCUUAUGAAUCAUUCAGAUUGAAGUGAAAAAAUAAAUUUUGUGAGGUCAUUGGUUUAAUGACUUAGUCUGUCCUACUUAUUAAGAAUAUCUGUAUUUUUGUAAAGGAAAUGCACUUGUAAAUAUUGAGUCUGUUCUUGUUACCUGAGUGUUUUUUUAAAAACAAAAAUGCUGCUGCUUAAGAGGAUCACCUACUUUUUUUAAAAAAAGUUUUGUGCUCAGAUGGCUUUGUUUGGAUGGUGGCAUGUUUCUUCUGUAAAUAGCUGAAUGGUUACACAACUGGGCUAAAUGCGUUUUAUAUCUAGACUCAGCCAAGUAUGUUUUGAGUAGGCCUCCGAUUCUCUCAUUAAAUUUUCCCGAAGGCACACGAUAUAAUGGUGCUGUUUUUUCAUCUUUGAUAUUAGCUUCUUCCUGAUCGGCAGCUUUUCUCAUUUAUUGUUGCUGUUGCGUUAUACCAAAUUCUGAUUUCAUUGUGAAGGUCACAUUCCAGCCUGAUUUGUCAGUGAAUACGUAGUUUCCAUUUGCAACUAAAAGCAAGGUUGUUAAAUGACAUUAAUGUUAUAAAUAAAUUUUAAAAAAUUGUAACACUGGCCCAUUGCGUGGGGCUGCGAGAGAGCCAGGGUAGAAAGAGGCAAGGCAGAAUCUAGUGGCUCAGCAGUGGAAUUUGGAGGAUUUGGGCAGGAAAACAACUAGGAUGAACUUGGAGGAGCGAGAGCAGAGCCGAAUGUGGAGAAGUAUGAAUGCAGUUUAUUGGACUUGUUAGUGUCUGCCUAAUAAGGUAACAAGAUAUUCAACACAAGAGUUCUGUACUAAGGAGCUGACAGAUAGGGCUACCAGCUUUGGUUUGGGAAAUCCCUGGAGAUUUGGUGGCGGUGGAAUUUGGGUAGGAAGGGAGCUCAGCAGAGAUGUGAUGUUAUUCUAGGAUGUCUGUGGUAUACUGUAUAGUAUACCAUAGAGUCAGUCCUCCAAAGCUGCUGUUCCCUCCAGGAACUGACCUCUAUAGUCUGAAGAUUGGGUGUAAUUCUAAGACCCCCACCUGGGAGGUUGUGAGCCCUGCUGACAGAAGACACUUUUAGUGGUAGCAUUAGUAAGAUACUGGCUGCUUGGCAACAAUGAUUAUAAAACAUGGUUUAUUCUUAUAUCCAGUUAAUAGUGGAUAUAAGUGAAGUGAAAAGAAAAACGAUAGAAAAUUCAAAUAUAUAUUUUUCCCAGAGCAAGGUAGGGUGAUAUACCUGGUACAGCAUUUUUGAAAAGCUGUUCCCUAGGAAACUGCUGUUGGAGCACAUAAGGUUGCAACUGCAAUUCAUGAAUGACUAAUACAAAGCAGUGUUUUCAGCAGAGCUCUUUAAAGACUUUGGAGGUGGGGGGAAAACAGCUUCUAAUAUUAGAACUGGUCACAAGAAUUUGUGCAGGGGCUAAACCCUAGUUCAUUCUCACCUUUCUUUUUAAGACAGCCGUUAGCAACUAAAUAUCAGCAUAAAUGCAGUAGAGCCAAAUUUAAUGGUCACAUCUUGAUAUCAUUCCUGGCCUCCAUAUCUUUAUAUGGAUAUGCAUCUUCCUUUCAGUAGACCCACAUGACUGACCAGGUUCCCGUCUUCUCUGUCUCCUUAAUGUUUUUGUCAGGUGUCCAACAGUGAUGGAUAGUCUUUGUGUGUACAUUUUUUCCAUUAGCAGUGAAUUAUACCAAAGCUGUUUAAAGUCAGUUACUGCCGUUUGAGCUCAAGUAGAUUUCUCUGAGCCGCGUUUUAGCCCACAGUCACACGUUUGCCCUGGAAACAGUGGAAAGCUGUUAUUAUAGUAGCUGGACUUAUAUAAAACCUAAGGUGAAGUAUAGAUCAUCAGUUUAUUUUGGGGCUAGGGUAUGCCUUUUAAACUUUAAUUUAGAUCAAAAGGCAAUGUCUACCAGUUAGAUUCAUAGUACCAUGUAAAAAUGGUAGAAAUAGUUCAGUGAAGUACAAUAAACAUUUUUGAAAGUGAGGCUGCAAAAUGCACUAAACCACAGAAAUAUAUACUAGUUUACCCACUCACACUUAACCUGUGUUAGUAAUUUGUAGCACAUGGAUGGCAUAAAAAGGGGAGAAAGAACAAAAUGUCCCUCAGUUUGUUCUUUCAUGGCUGUCUAGUAGAGAUUCAUACUUCUCACAGGCAAUCGAUUGGCCAUUUUCCAGCCAGUUAAAUACGUUGCUUCUAAUUUAUUUUAAAUACAUACUGUGAGUGUGCUUUGAACUGUGUUCAAUGCUAAUAUCAAGGAUGUCCAGAGGCACCAUUGUAAGUUGCUAAGGGAAACCACACCCAUAUAUGGUCCAUAUGCUGCAAUAUGCUUCUAACCCAGUUGGAUUAAAACCCAAGAAAAUCAAGAUGGACAAGUUGUAUAAUUAAUCUGCUUGUUAGCACUGAACUGCUCUUUCCUGAAAGCAAUAAAUAUAUUCAUGUUGUAACAUCAGUUGUGCAGCACACAAUACAGGGCAUUUUGUUGCAGUUUUGUUUUCUAUAUAAUUUAUUUUGUGCUAUAAAAAAUUCUUUGGUCUAUG